UUGUCCACAGCGGAUAUCUCCUCCUCCUUUUCUUUCUAAAGCCUUAGUUUUAACGUCCAAGCACAGACCACGUGAAUUUCCUGUUUUGACGAGGGGGCAAGCACUGAAUUGCACAAUCAUCAAAAUCCCUGGACAAUGACUCAGUAGCUUGAAAUCGGCCGACUUCGGUGGCUGGCUGGGCGACAGCGUGAUUUGGUCUCCUCCACAGGGCAGCGCAGUCUCACUGUGCAGCGGCUGCUCGCCUCCCGACGGGCGCAGUGUACCUUUAAAAGGUUGAACUCGCCGGUCUACGGCCUGAAAGCACAGGAUUGCUUCCCCGCUCGGCUCAGCUGUGUAAACCUUCCAGCAGUGACAUGGCAUAGAGUCUCUGUGCUGACAGCAGCAGCAGCAGCAGCAGCAGCAGCAGCAGCAUCCCGCACCCUGCGCCAUGGACGCUCUCCGACAGCCGAGGCGGAGAGGAGCCUGCGCGGCGCUGGACACGAUGAUGUCCGUGUGGAUUUUACUGAGCGCGGUGUCAGGGCUGAAGGCGGAGGACGACGGAAUGGAAGAACUUGCCACCGAGAAGGAGGCUGAGGAAAGUCACCGACAGGACAGCGUUAAUUUGCUGACAUUCAUUUUACUGCUGACCUUAACCAUCCUCACCAUCUGGCUCUUCAAGCACAGACGGGUCCGUUUCCUUCACGAAACCGGGCUGGCGAUGAUUUACGGUUUGCUGGUGGGUGUGAUCCUGCGAUACGGCAUCCCUGCCACCAGCUACCACAACAAGACCCCCCCGAGCUGCUCGCUGAAGGAAGGACCUGCUAGCACCCUGCUGCUUAAUGUCAGCGGCAAGUUCUUUGAGUACACCCUCAAAGGGGAGAUCAACUCCCGAGAGAUUCACAAUGUGGAGCAGAAUGAUAUGCUGCGCAAGGUGACCUUUGACCCUGAAGUAUUUUUCAACAUAUUGCUGCCUCCUAUCAUCUUCCACGCCGGCUACAGUCUGAAGAAGAGACACUUCUUCAGGAACCUGGGCUCCAUCAUAACGUAUGCCUUCCUGGGCACUGCUAUCUCAUGUUUCGUUAUUGGGAAUCUGAUGUACGGUGUGGUCAAACUGAUGCAAGUGGUCGGACAGCUGACUGACAAGUUCUACUACACUGACUGCCUUUUCUUUGGUGCCAUCAUCUCUGCCACAGACCCAGUGACGGUGUUGGCCAUUUUCAAUGAGCUCCAUGCAGACGGGGAUCUCUACGCUCUGCUGUUUGGAGAAAGCGUUAUGAAUGACGCAGUUGCCAUUGUGCUUUCCUCGUCUAUUGUGGCUUACCAGCCCAGUGGAGCAAACACGCACAUGUUCGAUGCUUCAGCCUUUUUCAAGUCAGUGGGGGUUUUUCUGGGUAUUUUCAGUGGCUCCUUUCUUAUGGGCGCAGCCACAGGAGUCGUCACUGCUCUCGUCACCAAGUUCACCAAGCUGCACUGCUUCCCACUGCUGGAGACGGCCCUCUUCUUCCUCAUGUCCUGGAGCACCUUUCUGCUGGCCGAGGCCUGCGGGUUCACAGGCGUGGUGGCCGUGCUGUUCUGUGGCAUCACGCAGGCUCACUACACCUACAACAACCUGUCUGAAGAGUCCACAAAGCGCACCAAGCAGCUCUUUGAGGUCCUUCACUUCCUCGCUGAGAAUUUCAUCUUCUCCUACAUGGGCUUGGCUCUGUUCACCUUCCAGAAUCACAUUUUCAGCCCCAUUUUCAUCAUUGGAGCUUUUAUUGCCAUAUUCAUUGGAAGAGCUUUCAACAUUUACCCACUCUCCUUCCUCCUCAACCUCGGCCGAAGGCACAAGAUCAAGGGAAACUUCCAGCACAUGAUGAUGUUUGCAGGUUUACGAGGCGCCAUGGCGUUCGCCUUGGCCAUCCGGGAUACGGCCACCUACGCCCGGCAGAUGAUGUUCACCACCACGUUGCUCAUCGUCUUCUUCACUGUCUGGGUGUUUGGUGGUGGGACCACGCCGAUGCUCUCCUGGCUACACAUCAGGGUUGGUGUGGAUCCAGAUCAGGACCUGCAGCCCUGUGGAGACAGCUUCCAGGUCUUACAGGGGGAUGGCCCUCAGGCUGAAGGACAGAGUAAAACCAAACAGGAGAGCGCGUGGCUCUUCAGACUGUGGUACACCUUUGAUCACAAUUACCUGAAGCCCAUUCUGACACAUAGCGGUCCGCCUCUCACCUCCACUCUGCCCAGCUACUGUGGGCCGCUGGCGAGCUGUCUGACCAGCCCCCAGGCGUACGAGAACCACGAGCAGCUGAGGGACCACGACUCUGACUUCAUCCGUAACGACAGCGACCUGACCUACACGUUCGGUGACACUGCCAUCACAGCCAACGGCGCGUCCGGCGGUGGGGGGGAUGGUGCCGGGGGCUCAGGCUGGAGCGCCAACGGAAAAAGGAGCGGCAGCACCUCAGAGGAGGCGCUGGAGCGUGAGCUGGACUCCCGUGAGCAGGAGCUGCUGAGCCGUGGCACGCGCCUGGUUUUCCCCAUUGAGGAUCAUGUCUGACCCUCCCUUCCUCCCCCUCCUGCGCCUCUUCCUCCCUGACCUGACCCCCAGACCGCAUCGCCCCCAGCUCUCUCCACAUCCUGCGGGCAGAGCGUCCAGUCCUCCAGAGAUAAGACAAAGUGGAGAUACGGGAGUAGACCUGGGAGGCCUGGGAGCAGAGCUCAAGGAUCAUUUCAUCCUCAUUACAGGGAGUUUAUUCUCCAGGAGACGUGUGUCCUCAAGAGCGUCAGAAGAGAAAUUCUCAGUGCUGUUAUACUGUGAUCCAGUUUCCUCUGCAUAAACAGGAGGGAAACCAUUAUGCAGGAUGUGGGGAUGAAAUAUCCUCAAUCAAGAUUGAAUCUGCACUUUUAAACAUGUGACAUUUUGUGUGUUCAGUGGAAAAGAGGUAGAAAAGUGAACUAUCGCCCGGCAGCGCUCUCUUCUCAUAUGAUCUCACAGGUUUCUCAUCACAGCACAUCAGAAAAUGCCAAGUGGCUUCCUGUAGCCACAACCCCAUUUAGAUGCUGCAAAGAGGCUCCGCAAACCAAAAGUUCAUAACGAGUUCUCCAGUAAAUGCGUUCCACCGAUCCCAUGUAAUGUUUGGUGUGUGUGUGUGUGUGUGUGUGAAGAUUACCUUUGUUUCACACAGAAGCGUCUGUGUGGAGGACGUGACAUGUGAGCAGCACAGACUGGAGACUGCGUUGCCUUCUCAGCCACCGCAGCCCGUCAUGGGUGAAGUAACAGGAAUGGAGAAUGCGAGCGUGUAAAUAGUCACAAUGAUGAGCUUUGUUCCUUUUUGGAGGCACUGCUCCUUUCAGUGGUUGACCUCCCAUGACUGUGACAGACAGCAUCUGUGUGUCUUGUCUUUGAGUUGGCUUGGAUCUAUUUCUUUGUUUUAAAGUAGUCGACUGGUUGUCACAACAAUGACACGAACAAGGAAUGGGAGUGUUUCAACGCUAAUUACAUUGUUUCUUAUGAAACAAUGCUGAUUUCCCAGAACUUAAAAAAUAAACUGACAUGAGAUAUAUGCUCUAAUACAGUUGAAGAGCAAUUUCAACAAGAUAAAAUAAAGGACAGGCUUUCAUCAUAAUUUUGAUUCCUUUAAAAAAGAAAAAAAAAAAAAAAGAUUUUGUGUACUGAUUUUUAAAACAUUAAAAAGACCAGAUGCAUCCGGUAAAGUAGGGCUGCAAAUUAUUUUCAUUGACAAUUAAUCUGAUGAUUUUUGUGAUUAGUCAAGUUUAUAAAAGUCAAAAAAUAGUGAAUAAUGUCUAUGGCAGAGAAUAAAGUGGCAUCUUUUUUUACCUGCAGUCAAAACCCCCAAAAAUAUUCAGUUGACCAUCAUAUGUGAAAAAAACAGCAGUGAAGUCUCACACUGGAGAAGCUGGAACCAGUGAAUGUUUUUACUUUUUUCUUCUUUUUUUAAAUCAUUAAUUUUAAUUAAUUUCAAUUAAUCAACUUGAAUCAUUUCAGCUUUGCACUUAAGCCAACUUCAGUAAGUGAUAUGAUGACAUCAUGCUGGCACAGGUCACACUGAGUCGAUGCAGGAGCCGCGCCGACAGCAAACUGGUUCUUCAAACUCUGAACAAGAUUUCACCUGUAAACUUUAUACUCAAUAAGUGUUCAGGUUUCCAGACUGAUGCCAAACACCGACAACCACAGAUUAGCAGUGGAUGUGCUUGCACAUAAUUUCACCCUUUACCUUCAUCAGCAGUAUGUAUACUCAUAAACAAUGGUGUCUGUGGGCUGUUUCCGCCAUAAAUAUAUUAACCUCAAAUGUUGUUGAAAUGUGAGCACGUAAACAGAACGAUGAGGUGAGAUCGUCUCAUAAAUCACUGAAGUCAAGUGUAAUUUAUGUUUUUGUAAACCUCAUGUCUCACUUGUUCUUCCUGGGUUUACAGUUAAAUAUAUUAACAUACAUAAAUUCCUAAUUUGUGUUGUCCUAUUAUUGUUUCAAGGUUUGGCUUUUCUUUUCUUUUCCACAUUUGUCAGGAUACAUCUUUAUUUUGUUAUAAGAUCCCGUCAGUAGACAGAUGCAAUACGUAAACUUGAAUGUAUUUUGGAAAUACGCUUCAUAAGCUUUAAAUUUCCUUCAAACAAGAUUGUUUUCUGGCAGAUAGAUGAGAAACUUGAUGCCACUUUACUAUCUGUCCAUUAAACAUGAGGAUACAACCAGUACCUGGUUAGCUUAGCUUAGCACAAAGACUGAAAAGAUAUUCAAACUGAGCCAGGCUAGCUGUUUCCUAUUGUUUCUAGUCUUUAUGCUAAGCUAAGCUAAGCUAAGCAGCUGCUGUCUCUAGUUUCAUGUUCACUGUACAGACAUGAGAGUGCUGUCAGUCUUCUCAUCUAGCUGCCACAAAGUCAAUGAGCAUGUUUCCCAAAAUGUAAAAUGAUUUCUUUAAAGUGGUGCAGCUCUAUCACUGCACAUACACACUGGUGAUAUAGAAACUUCCACUAAGAUUUAAUUACACUUCACCUGAACAUCCUUUUUCUUAAACUGCAGUCCACUAAAAUCACGAACCUCCUGGAGUUUUUGUUUUGAUAUCAAACAUUUAGAUAGACCCUUGUGUUUACAUCAAAUAAGUGGUGUAACGCUGCAGCAAGUCCCUGAUAACAUGCAGUGGCUUUGGGUUUCCGGAUUUCAUUAGCUGCAGCAGACCACUGAACUUUAUUUGUCCUACAGGUUGGUUUGCAUCAACUGCACGUGAUCAAUAGUUUUGUUUAACUAUUUACACUGCAUCGGUUACUCUUCGGUGACCCUCUGACCACAUUUCCUCUCUGUGUGCAGUUGACAUUUUGCAGGUCAGAGCUGCACUCAGCACCUUUUUUUUUUUUAGGCAGGUGGAGCGGCUGGUUAAACCCCGCCACCCUGCAUGGAAGUAGGAGGAAGGUUUUUUCCACUCGGUCGCAUUUUGGUGUUCCCCCUUUUACCAAGUCUAGACAUUUGAUCCGCUCCCUGUUUUAAAUUCACCGCACAGCGUGUGUCGCCUUUUGUUUUUCUCGUCCGACUGCACACGGCGGCUGCUGCAUUUAUGUAUGAGUACACAGGGGCAGGUGUGAAAAGCGCGAUUGUGCAAGUUGAAACCCCACAUAAGUUCCACGGCUCACCGGGGACCUCCAGGAGGAAGUGAAUCUAGUUACGCAAGCCGUUGCCGAGCUUUAUGUGCACUGUGGGUCAUUUUAAACUUAGCUGGAGAGAGAAGUAAUGUCGUCUCUAUUAAAGGCACUAAAAUAAUCACUUGUUUGCCACCUUGUCACAACAAACCGCUGGUGUUAGACUUGGACUCAUCCCAUCUCCUCUGUGGUGUAUGGACGGGUCACACAGCCUCCUCUGUGUGCAGUAUAACCUGCAGCAGAUGUUAAAGUGUCUCUGAAAGUAGAAGACGGACAAAACUGAUUGUUUUUCCUGCUGUGUUGACUCACAUAAGACAAAAAAAAAAAAAGGGACUCACGUUUGUUGACAUGUCCAGGACAAACUGACUGGAGAGGUUUGCUUUGAGACGUGGGAGCACUUUAUGGACAACAACACAGAGGACUGGAGUGACGGCUGCAGGCAAAUACAUGAGCAGAGGAAACUCCUAUAUAACCUUCAUGUGCACCCUCUCUCUCUCUCUCACUGUUGUGCUGUCAGACGUCUUGCUGGAUAUAUUUACAUGCUCUCUGUACCUGACAAAUAUGAGACGUAGCUCAAUUGUCAAUAUGUGGACCUGUUGUUUCUAGUAGCAGCUGGCUGCCAGAAUCUCCCUGCCAUGGUUUGCAUGUCAACAUGUUAAUUAAAAACUGUCGAAUAAUGAGCCA